UCAACUAAACGUCAAUGUCAAUCAAUAUUUUGUGGCUAUCAGCAGAUCGAUUACUCCAACGCGUGCUUCAAGUUAGAGCAAUUCUUUUUCUGUGAAAAUGAUUUCUAAUUCAUCAUCGAAAACUGAUAAAAGUAAGGUCGCAACCGAAAAGCCAAAGUGCGAUAAAGCCGAAACAACGUCGUCAAAGAGCAAAGAACGUCCAUACAAACUGCGACACGUUCGGAGCUUCUCCCGCGAUUACCAGCAGAUGAGUCACAUUCCGCUGUACUGCUAUUUAUGCCGGUUACAGUGCAAAGAUGACGACCGUUUCGCGAAACACAUGGCGAAACACGGGCGCGUAUUUGGUUUCAUUCGUCAGGUUGAUGACUACAUUCUGGAGGAACCGAGUUUCGCCGUGCGUUUGGACUACCGUCCCGAUUACGCCAGAACGUUGGUGUACGUGCGGAACGUGUCACCCCAUUCGGUGUUGCGACUCAGCAGGGCGUACAUCCACCUGGCAGACGGUCACAUGAAGAUGCUGAUUGAAAGCGAGAUGCGCCUUCCUUGGGGUACGGUUUCCAAGUUUUGCUUCGACAGUUGCCUGCUGUCGGAGCUGGAUAGGAGCUACGGACUGAUAUUGGUUGGACUGGCGGACUCAAAGACAGAAAUAUUGGAACUUUACCACCUGCAAGUGACCGUGUUGAGUCAUUUCGUGAAAGAGCAGCUAGUUUUGAAGAAACCAACGAUUCAUUGUCCGCCGUUGAAUCAGUAUCCGGUACCGAUGUUGAUCAAACAGUUGUAUAAGCACGACUUUUCAACGAAAUCUAAAUGUGAUGGCGCGAAGCAACUGCUGGAUCAGUUGGCUAAAUUCAAGGAAGAGGGCUUGAAUAAGGGGAACUAUGUCGAAUAUUUAAAUGUACUGAACCAGAUAGAGGACUUUGAUAUUCAAAUGGAAUAUACUAAGUACAAAAUCGAUGAAGCUAGACUAGUGCCCGGAAUUUCAGAGAAGUACUAUCGUUUGUCGAUCGAUCAAUUUCAAACGGCGCCCACCCUUUUGAAUGAUGACUGCACGGUAAGGAUGAUCAUUCCCAGCGAGUUCGAACCCCGUAGCUUUCUAGGAACUAUCCAUGAGAUCAAUCCAGAUUACAUGUUGAUUCAUGUAAACACCAUCCUUGAACCAUCGCCAACCUACACGAUUGUGUUCGAAUGCAGUCGGCUCUUAUUUAAGCUGGAAUACUAUGUCCUGUCUUUGGUGAAGGAAAUUGACUUUGAAAAAACAUUGUUCCCUAAGCCACCGAUGGAAAAGAAGAUCAUAUACGAGAGUUUUCAAUGGUUCAACAAAUAUGUCGCAACAAAUCGCGAGCAGCUGUCUGCUGUGCGGAAUAUCGUGAAUCGGACCGCGUUCCCUGCUCCGUACAUAUUAUUUGGACCACCCGGUACUGGAAAAACUUCAACUAUCGUAGAGGCAGUUUUACAAAUUUGGAAACUACAACCCAAGGCCAACGUUCUCGUAUCGGCAGCGUCAAAUUUCGCCUGUGAUGAAUUCACCACGCGCCUGCUGGAAUUCAUUCCCGCCACCGAUGUGUUCCGUUUCGUAUCCAAAGCCUGCGAGAGAAAUAUUGCUAAUAUGAACGAGGCUAUCAUUGAUAUUUCGAACCUGUCUUCUGGAACGUACACAGUUCCCACGUGGCACGACAUAUACAAUAGUAGAAUCGUGGUGGCCACAAUAACCAUGUGCGGUCGCUUAGCUCAAGCCAAAAUUGACCCACAUCACUUCAGCUAUAUAUUCAUUGACGAGGCGGGAAGUGCCAAAGAAAUUUCCACCCUCAUUCCAAUCAUUGGAAUCGGAACUAACAAAAAGGAAGCCAUUGCCAGUGUGAUACUGUCCGGAGAUCCUAAACAGUUGGGCCCAGUGGUAAGGUAUGAGUACCUUCGAGAUACGGUACAGGGAAUAUCGAUGCUGGAACGCCUAAUGAAUCACAGCAUCUACAUGAAAGAUCCUUCCACUGGGCAGUACAAUCAAAUCGUUAUCACAAAGCUUUUGGACAACUACAGAUCCCAGCAACGCAUGCUGGAGUUUUCCAAUUAUGCCUUUUACGAUGGGGAGCUGCGUGCGCGAGGAUCGGCAUUCGCUACCGAGUGGGCCAUCGGAUGGUCAGAGUUACCGCGCGGCAGGACUCCCUUCUUCUUUCAUGCGCUACGUGGCCAAACAGAAAAGGAUGCCCAUUCGAGCAGUUUGUACAACCGCCAAGAAGCGGAUCAGAUCAUAUCGUACAUCAAAAUAAUCCUCUCGGGGAAAAUCAACGGUCGCGUCAUCAGGCAGAAUGACAUAGGCGUCAUAUCGCCGUAUACCAAACAAGUGCACUAUAUAAAGAGUAUGAUCAACAACAACGAGUGGGACCAGUUGGAGGUGGGCACUACCGAGCAGUACCAGGGUCGUGAAAAGUCAGUCAUUCUCAUAUCGACGGUUCGAUCCGGAACGUCCACUGUUGGAUUUUUAAGCAACGAAAAACGCCUCAAUGUGGCAAUCACCCGAGCGAGAGGGUUGAUGAUCAUCGUCGGAAAUCCGGAUACGUUGCAAAAAGACGUAUAUUGGUACUCGCUGUUGAAGUUGUGUGUCGACUAUGGAAGUUAUAAAGGGGAAAACUUCAAGCUGGUACCCCCGUACAUGCAGGUUGGCAGAGGUGCAUAUGAAGGCGAUUGGUAAUAAACCGGAACAAAUAUGAAAUAAUCAAAUGAUAUGGAAGUUCUGUUUCUGUUAGAAACAAAAUACGUAGUAAUCCCAACAUCUGGCAUAGGUACGAGUGAAAAUAUUGACUCUGUUCAAUUUGGUAUAAAGGUCAAUCGAGUUCUAAUUCCAAAGGUUUGAACUGUUAUAGAACCUAGAAAAGGAUCAAAUAUUGCUAAUAUAUUAUCACAAUUUAAGUUUUCUUCCCGUGAAUUUAUGCAAAGCUAAUAGCACUAUCUAUGAGUGAUGUCCUGGUAUUAUUUCGGAAACGUUUAUUUUAUUAAAUUCCUUGAGUGACUUUGCCUGUAUUUUCACUUCUUCA